UUGUCUCCAUCUGGAACGAGAAAUUGCGGCUGGGGUUUCUGUCGUAGUGUGUGGGGUGGUGUGCGUGGUCAGUGGAUUAGCCUGACUGUGGUUUUUAAACGGGCUGCCUAUAAGAUGAAGAGCUUUGGUGACAGAUAAUGAAUAACACCACAGUAGCCCCAGCUGCUGGUCCUGAUGGAGUUAAUGCCUCACAGCUGCAUGGGCUGGCGACCACGCCUGCGCCGGUCCGGGGCGCGGAGGGCUACAUCUUCCUGGAGACGGUGUCGGCCCAGGCCAUAGCUGGCGCGUUUGUCUGGGCUGCCCUCAUCAUUACAGUGCAUCAGAUCUACCAGCACCUGCGCUUCUACACCAACCCGUCGGAGCAGCGCUGGAUCGUGCGCAUCCUCUUCAUCGUGCCCAUCUACGCGUUCGACUCGUGGCUGAGUCUGCUGUUCUUCAACAAGAACAACUACUACAUCUACUUCAACACCCUGCGCGACUGCUAUGAAGCGUUCGUCAUCUACAACUUCCUGUCGCUGUGCUACGAGUACCUGGGCGGCGAGGGCAACAUCAUGUCCGAGAUCCGUGGCAAGCCGAUCAAGACCAGCCUGUGGAGCUGCACGUGCUGCCUGGCUGGACGCAGCUACACGAUCGAGUUUCUGCGCUUCUGCAAACAGGCGACGCUCCAGUUCUGCGUGGUCAAACCGGCCAUGGCGGCCGUCACCAUCGUGCUGGAGGCCUACGGCAAAUACUCUGACGGCUACUGGAGCCCGACCAGCGGGUACCUGUACGUGGUGAUCAUCUACAACUUCAGCGUGUCGCUGGCGCUGUACGCGCUCUUCCUCUUCUACCACGCCACCCGCGAGCUGCUGCGGCCGUUCGACCCGGUCAUCAAGUUCUUCACCGUCAAGUCGGUCAUCUUCCUCUCCUUCUGGCAGGGCGUGCUGCUGGCCAUCCUCGAGUGGAGUGACGUCAUCGAGGAGAAGAGCUACAUCAACCCGGGCACCAUGUCGGCCGGCUACCAGAACUUCCUGAUCUGCAUCGAGAUGUUCUUUGCCGCCAUCAUGCUGCGCUACGCCUUCCCGCACACAACCUACUCGCAGGAGUGUCUCAGCGACCCCAGCGGCCGCUCCGUCACCAUGACCAGCAUCUCCAGCUCCCUCAAGGAGACGAUGAACCCGAGGGACAUCAUGACGGACGCCAUCCACAACUUCCACCCGCAGUACUCGCAGUACACCCAGUACAGCGCCGCCGGCGGCCGUCCGGCCAAGUCGCAUUCGCGCAGCCACUCGGGCAGUUACGACGGCGACGCCGGCGUGCCGCAGUCGAGCCUGCAUGGCAACAAGCGGCCCCAACAACCCACGCGUCACCGGCCUCAGCUACACGGAGAAGACCACGCUGCUCUCCAGCGACGACGAGUUUCCCUGAGCGCCGCGCGUGGCGCCACCUGUGCUAGCCUAGUUGCUAUGGUCACCGUUAGAUGUCUCUGUGCGCGCGCCCGCCGGUCGGCAGUAGGCAGGCGACUCUGUGAUUAGUUGGGUGCUAGGGGAGGCGCGGUCCGUGGGCCUGCGGUGCUGCUGCGGCGGCCCGAGCUCCAGUAGAGACAUCUUUGGGCGGAAUGUGCGAACACUGCCGCGCCUGAUCCCUGCUAGGUGCCACUUGGACAGGAUUAGAGGGUGAUAAUUAUGCUAAGUUGAAGCGUCGACAUGGCUUUGCUUGGUUGAUUUCGUAAUGGAGGCGUCAACCGCUUUUGUAUUGAUUUUCUAUAGCAUUUACCGGAAUCGUUGUUACUACUUUGUUAAUUGGUCGGCACGCCAUAGCUCUCUUGCACGCGCAUUUAUCGAUCGCUCCCUUGGCCGGGCUUGAAGACGUUGCAUGUGAAGCCAUUAGCGGCGGCUGCUCCAGCGCUGGCCCCUGCGACCUUGUGUGCGGUGUGCGGCGUUUGUACGCCUCGGCGUGGCGUCGCCAUCUACUUACCGAGCGCCGGCUGAGAUUACGUACUGGCUGUCGCCGACGGAGCGGACCCCGCGCGCUGCGACGCGCGUGCCCACGCACGUGCGCCUAUUUAUUCGGUGUUCCCCGCGGCGCGGCGCCAUGAGCGUGCGCGUGCGCCGCCAGGCGAGAGAUGCAGAUCCUGAUGCCAAAGUGGGCGCUGCGCGAGGCCGUCCAAUGCCGCCGGUGUUGGUCUGUCGUGCGCGGCGUGGCGCCCGCCACGCCCCGCUGGUUGGCCGACGCCGCCGCUCUUCCCGCUCCCCCAGCGGCGACCACGCACUCACGUGUCGCGACAGGACGGCGGCGCUGGUGGCGUCGAUCGCUUCGCCGGGCUCGUGAUCGGUGGACGGGCGCGCUGGUGGCUCGUGGCCUUUGCGCGACUGUCGCGCGCGCGCUGGUGCCCCCUCUGCACUCUCGCCCAACCUCUGCGAGGGUCCGUGCCGGCCGGCCCCCGCAGCGUGACGUCUCGCGGCCGC